AUGAUUACGUAUCGUCGUUUAAAUAUUCAACAUAAAAUGAAUGAAGCUAAUCUCACAAAAGAUCAUUUAUUAAAUUUAAAAAUCCACAAACAUCGAGAAGAAAUGUUCAAUCGAAAAGUUGAUCGUUUAAGAAAAAGUGUCGAACAUUUACAACCCUAUAUUGAUAAUGAUACUAAUGAUCAACAAACAUCCACAACACCAAUACAUAAUAAAUCAAGCAAACAAAUAACCAAUCACCUCCCACUUAUCCGAUCUCGAACAAAUUCAAAAGAUGAAAAUAAUUUUCAAACAUUUCUCAACCAACAAAUACUUAAUGAAUAUAAAAAUCAAUUAAAAUAUGAUGAACGUAAAGCAAUUCUCCUCAAAGAAUUUGAUGAACUUAAACAUACCAUCAAUGAUCCCCAUUCAACUUUAUCUGUACUUGCUGCUCUCUCUCGAGCACUUCUCUAUUUAGAUUCUGGAAAAAAAUAA